UAUUAUUAUUUUUUAAAUUCCAGUUUCAAGCUCAAUGGAUAGGUUGCAUCCGUGGGUUUUAGUAGAGAAGGGGCCAGUACCUAUGAAGACUCCCCCCUACUGUUACACAUGCUGUGUCCCAAGUAGGGAAACUGCUGCUUUUCCCAUGCCCUGAGAAAACUCCAAUCGGUCGUCACCCUCCCUCUAGCCCGAGUGGGUCAGGGCACUGUUUGGGUUGGGUUGAGACUCCUGGAUCCCUAACUAGCACCUUCCAAAGAAUCGGCCUUGCAGAGAACAAAGUUCAUUGCCAGAGGUAUUCCCAGUGUCUGUCUCUCCCUCUGUGAUAGAACUUCUUUACUCCCUACUUUAUAAGAUGAGGAUAUCUGCUAUACCCCAUUCCUUCAACCUCUCUACCUCCUCUUUCCUGUUUUGUCCGACAUGUGGUUACUUUUCCAUCACCGAGGUUGAUGAGAUCCUUACUGUGUACUUACUGUCUCCAAGCGUCCCCAGGCUUCCAGCCAACACGCAGCCAACAUUGGCUUCAGAAGGAAGGAGGAGAUGGUGUCUACCAGAAGGGGAUGGACUUCAUUUUGGAGAAGCUCAACCAUGGGGACUGGGUGCAUAUCUUCCCAGAAGGGAAAGUGAACAUGAGUUCCGAGUUCCUGCGCUUCAAGUGGGGAAUCGGGCGCCUGAUUGCUGAGUGUCAUCUCAACCCCAUCAUCCUGCCCCUGUGGCAUGUUGGAAUGAAUGACGUCCUUCCUAACAGUCCUCCCUACUUCCCCCGCUUUGGACAGAAAAUCACUGUGCUGAUCGGGAAGCCCUUCAGUGCCCUUCCUGUACUCGAGCGGCUCCGGGCAGAGAACAAGUCAGCUGUGGAGAUGCGCAAAGCCCUGACAGACUUCAUUCAAGAGGAAUUCCAGCGUCUGAAGACUCAGGCAGAGCAGCUCCACAACCACCUCCAGCCUGGGAGAUAGGCCCUGCCUGGCCAGCCCCUGACCUUGCCUCCUCUGGGCCCUGGGGGAGCAGGCAGGGCUGAGGCUGGAGGAAGAGGCAGCACCAGGGUCCAGGCCCAACUGGGCUGGCUGUCCUUGCUUGCUGCCUUCUGGAUACUUGGCCUGCACAGAGCUGGGGCUGAGGAAUGGACUGAUGCUUUUAGCUCAAAUGUGGCUUUUAGACAGAUUUGUUCGUAGACCCUUUCAAGUGCCCUCUCCGAGCUGGUAGGCAUUCCAGCUCCUCUAUGCUUCCUCAGUUAAGCGAAGGACCUCAGCUGCUUCUCCCACUUGGCCAAGCAGGGAGGAAGAAGCUUAGGCAGGGCCCUCCUUCCUUCUUGCCUUCAGAUGUUCUCUCCCAGGGGCCGGCAUCAGGAGGAAGCAUAGAAGGCAGGUGAGCAAGCAGUUGGCUGGGGGAGCAGGGGGCCCACCGGAGCUGUGGAGAGGGGACCCUAAGACCCCUCAGCCUGGUUCCUACCCCCCACCCUUGCCGAACCAGGAGCUGCUCACUACCUCCUCAGGGAUGGCCGCUGGCCACGUCUUCCUUCUGCCUGAGCUUCCCUCCUGCCACAGGCCCUUUCCUCAGGCAAGGUCUGGCCUCAGGUGGGAAGAGCAGCCCUUGGCCAGAAGUAAAGCCCAGCCACGUGGAGCCUAGAGCGAGGGCCUGGGGUCUGGCUGCUUGCACCCAUGCUGGGGCCACCGACUUCUCCAUCCUUUCUGCUUCUCAACAUCACUUGAGUCCUGGGGCCUGGGUUUUCAUGUUUUUGAAACAGAACCAUAAAGCAUAUGUGUUGGCUUGUUGUA